AUGGAAUGUGUCUAUCCUUCCAAAGUCCGGGAUUGGGUUGGUGCAGGGAAGCAGACAGCGUCGCGAGGCGAUACUUUGGUAGCAUCAUCAUCGCCGAGUGGCAAGCAGGUCUCACCGUCACAAGGACUUGCUGUCAGUCCGUUCAGUCGCGAUGACUUGCGAUUCUUCCAUCAUUUCCUCAUCGCUGCGCGUCCGCAUCUGCCCUUUGGGAGCGAGGAGACAUGGGCGACCGAAGUACCCAGAUAUGCACAUGAGUAUCCCCAUCUGAUGCACGCAAUCCUCGCGCUAGGAGCUACUCACUACUCCCUCGUCUCGCCUAAUGGAUCAGAAUACUCCUCCACGGCGAUUAUCCACAGAGGCAAGGCACUGAAAGCGUUAUCGGCAGCGAUAGGAAAAGGCCCAGAAUGCACAACAACCGACAUGGACAUCAUCCUGGCCACAUGCUAUGCUCUUGUGUUCCAGGCAUACCACAUGCACGAUGGCCUCGUCGAUUUCGCAGUCAUGGUCCGCGGCUGCGGAGUCAUCACCAACUGCAUCAUGGACAAAUACAAAACAAGCCAGCUAUUCGACCUGCGGACAGAGGAAGAGGCGGCCGAGAUAGCCUUGGCACUUGCCGACGAACCCGUCAGCAGUCCUCUCCUAAUCGACAGUCUUCUCGCGGCAAUAGAUAGAUUACAGCCGCUCUUUCAAAGCACCAUACAUCACCGCUUCUUUCGAGCGCUACGGGAGACACUCGCCGCCCUCGCAAUCUCCCAGCGCGCAGCGUUUGUCAGGCUCACCAGGAUCUAUGCCGUGUGGUACGAAGCCGAGAAUCGAGAGUUUCUCAUGUUCAUCGCGCCGGCGAACCACGUUUCGCGCGCUUUGUUCAUGUAUUUCCUUGUCAUCGAGCUCGUUAUGCUGCCGGUUUAUAUCAGGCUGCGCGAGCUAAGUGGCACUACGUUCGUAACAACAGAUUUAAUCGUACAUCAGUGGGCGGAUGCCAUAUACCGCGAGCUACCAUCUUCGAUACGGGAGUUGAUAGAGUUACCGAUGCAAAUCAUAGCUGCAGACGAGAUUACUACGAGAAGCACUGGCGGUACGCGGUCUGACGGUGUAUUCCCCAAUCUGCAUGCUCAGUUCUUUGACAUGGAGACGACAGCGUGGUUAGGGUGCGCGGAGCCUGGAGGGGUUCAAGUAUUAGAAUAA